AUGAUUCACCGGGUGCGUAUACUACGUUUGUUGAGGGCCAAGGAGACCAAAGCUUUGAGGAAAGCACGGCAAAUGAGCAAGCUGAGCAUUGAGGAGCGGAGGCGCCAAACCCUUGCUCCACAGGCAUCGGAUCCAGCAGCUGCUACAGUGCAUGUUGCUGAGAGCUCCAGCGCACAGGCAGCUGGCAAAAUCAGUCCUAGUGCGAAUGCAGGCACACUGAUUGAUAGCAUUGAUACGGCGGAGGCAGAGGUCACCCCUUCCAUCAGUUCAUGCCAGGCACAGCAGAGUGCUGCCUGUAAUGCAAAGAUUGACAGUCCUGCUGGCAUUGAUUCCAGCGAUGCUUUUCAGCCACAGCCACAGGGCACCCAUGUCCAGAAGCAGAUUGACAUCAAUGUGGGUGCUAAGGCUAAGGCUGUUGAUGCCAGUCAACCAUGUCAGCUGGAGACAAGUUCUGCCACCAUUGGUCCUACCCUCUUGGAUGAUUCCGCUGCUCCAGCUUCUAUGGAUGACCCAACCACAACUUCGGACCAGCAGACUCAACGCAAUGCCAGACCGGAAACUGAAUCAAGCACCAACAGGCCCAAAAAACAGUUGAGCAAGAACGAUUCAGCAGACUCUGCUCACUCUAAUCACUCUGGCCUUUCAGCUGCUCUGUCACACUUUUGCAAGGACUUUUUGGCUGAUGAGACUGGUGAGACUGGUGGUGAUAAAGCAAAGCCUGCAACACCAAACGGUGGUCCUGAAAUCCAACAUGUAAAGCCCAUUGGGUUUGUGGAUGGCAUGGACGGCAUCAAUGAAGCAUUUGGCUUCUGGGACCAUGCCCUUGAUGUUCUGGUCCAAGGUCAAGAUGAGGAUGACGCUGUCAACACACUGGAAGGUUUAGCAAACUCUUUGCAGGAAGACUCCCUAUCCACGGCAUUUUCCGGAAUUAGAUCACCAGAAACCGCAAUGGCUCUUUUGCGAAAUCGGCUCAGCUCAAGGCUUGGCAGGGAAGUUGCAAAUCAGAAUGGUCGCUUGCAGCACUCAAUUGAGUGGAACUCCCAUUCUCAAGCAGAAUGUCUUGUGGGUGCAGAUCUGGAUGACAGCUGCGUGUUUGGUGACAUAGCUCAAUUCUACGUGGAGUCCAUUCGUUCAAACGUCUUGCCAGAACUUCUGAACCAUCCAGCUAUGGCCAUUGCGGCCCUCACCCCGCUCAUUAUGUACUACUACCUCCACAAGUUUGGCCAUGUUGCGGACAAGCUGCUCCCAAUCCCGAAUGAAUUGGACCAGGAGUUGAAGUGGGCUCAGGGAAGGCCACAAAGUCAAGCUGCUUCCUGGGAGCCCUUGUCAAUGACAAGUGAUGAUGAGCCCUUUUUGAGUGCGCUCACUUGCAGUGAAGAGCGCUACAGACUGUCCUAUGCAGCUGAGCAUCCACAGCAAGCAUGGCAGCUCAACCAGAACCCAGAUGCUGGUUUUGGUGCUACUUCAAAGGAUCACAAGCUGCCGACUUUGAUAGGGAAUGUGCACAUGCUGUUCACAGAGCACCCAGAUGUAAGGCCCUCCAGAUGGCUAGUCGGGUCUGAGGCCAUGUCAAAACCAAGCGAUGAAAAGAAGAUCACUUCCACUUCACAGUUUGGUGGGAAAUUGUCAGGGAAAGUGCCCGGUGAUCCCUUGGACUUUGAUUUGUUUGAUGCUGAAGGGUCACUGGAGUCCUUGUUCGGAAGCCUGAGCGGGGCAGCCUUGCUGGAGCAACUCUUGGUAUGGUUCCAGGACGGUGAGCCUUUGGAUGUCCCAUGGUAUUCUGAGGAGAAUGCUCGGAACUUGAUUCGUCAUCCUAGAGAAGCGCUAUGCAAGUACCGGACGGAGGACAAAUCUUUCCCCUUGCUGGCUCUGGGGUUCAACCACCGAGCAGAGGCUUUCUACCGUUGUGAUCGGGAAUCACCUGACAAUUCCUUCGUGAGGGAUGCGAGAGUUCGGGGAUUGCGACGGGUGAGGGUUCUCAAGGCUCAAACUCCGGACUUUGUCACUAGCAAGAUCAUUAGCCUGCUCAAUCAGUUUCAUGCUGGCAGCUCUGAAAACCAUUUUGACAUCAUGGCGGAGGCCUUGCGUUUGGAGUCAGCGUGGAAAGCGGAGUGCCAUCUCACGAAGCUCAAUACGUACAAUCCGCGGUAUGGCCAAGCAUACGAUGAAUUUGUCAUGGCAAAGUCCAGUUCCAGUGACUACAACAAUUAUUUCCGUGCGAAAUUGCAGUAUUACAAUGCUUUGGCACUAGCACACAACCUGCAGAACUUUGGCAUCUAUGAGAGGACAGAGUCAUGGGCCAAUGCCUUUGUAGAUUUUUUGGACCCACAAUACAGCCCACAUGGUGUCAUCUCCCAGAUGCACGCAUUGUCGCUCAUGAUCAUCGGGGGCCAGAAAAGAUUUACUUCAAAGCAAAAAACUGCAGAGCUUGUCUUCGAAUCCAUGAAAGCAUGUGUGCCAGUUGGGCAGGCGCGGAAGGCUGCAGGGAGAGGCCUCACGUUUGCCUUUGCCAAGGGCGGCCAAGAAACCAGUCAGAUUAUGAAUCUGAUCAACUUGCCCAUGGACUCAUCAGCUGUUGUCAAGAAGAUGAUGAAGGGGUUGACUGCUGACCAGCAAAGCACUGCUGGUCCUAGUCCUGGUCCUGGUGCUGCAAACUCAGAGACCACAGCGGCCACUUCAAAAGAGGCUGCGCUAUUGCUAAAAGUCAAACAAGGUCUGGCUGAGAUCAAAUCCCUCAACAUCUCAUUGAAGGAGUCUGAAAUGAAGAAGUUGCAGCUCAAGCCCUGUGACGCAACCAAAGGCGUUGCAGAUGGUGAUGAUGAAGGGAAACCUUCAUCGUCAGAAAUGAAUGCAAAUGCCAAAGAAGAAGUGAACACUUGUGAUGGUGAUGGUCCAACUGGCGGCGGGGUGGCUCAGGAUGGGCCUGAGGCAAAGCGACGUAAGUUCAGCAAGGUGGAACGGAAACGUGCAGCUUUCAAAGGCUAUGAAGCAGAGAAGGAAACCUUCAGUGUAAUGGCCACAUCAUCUACAGGGGACUGUCGGCCAAUCACUGCCCUUGAUGAUUUGCUGGCGGCAUUGAACUUUGUCUUGCGCAAGCUUCUUGAUGAGAAGGUGAUCACCGAUGAACAUGACCCAUCCAUCAUGGGCGCCUUUGGCUUUGUUGCAGGACUUUGGUUUGAAUUUGCCUUCCAAGGCAGGGUGUGUCUCAACGGGCGUGACUUCAGACAAUACAGUGCCCUUCGAACAGAGUUACAGCAGACUCUGAUUGACGCAACUGAGAAGAUUCAGAUCUCUGCUCCUGACGCCCAGGAAGGAUCAGCCCAGGCAAAUCACUCUGGCUCUGGGAAGCGGCGUGGCCUUUCCCCACUGGAGUUGGCAGAAUUGCUCAGCCGUGACCGUUUGGAUACUCCUGUGACCAAGCUAGUUUGGGAUGAUGAGGAUCCAGAUGAGCGUGCCAUCAAGAGCAUUUGCACUGUGAUGACAACCAUGCAAGAGGCUGUGGUGAAGCCUUUGAAGAAUUUUGUCGCUCAACCAUUGCCUUUGCCACUUCUCAUGCAUGAAGCAGUACUACUUGGAAUCAAGCAAAUCCUUUCUGUCCUCAAUUCCAAGGAGCUUGACUUGAACGAUAUGACGUCAAUGAUCAACUCAAUUCUUGAUGAGAAGUUGCCAGCUUCUUGGCAGAACUUUGUCUUCAACGUUGCUUCAACAUAUGGGGACAAGGGGCACUUCAUUGAGCGGACUGACGAGGUGUUCAAAGAUGUGGAUCGACUUCAAAAGUGUGCGUCUCUACGUGUCAAGUACUUGCUCAAUAUCCUGCAUGAAGUCAUUUCAGCCACCAAGGGCAUGCCAGAAGUGCAGGCAAAUCUGAAGAUCCCAAGCACCACAGAAAGCCUCCUUCAGAAGCUGACCAACGUGGCCAUGGAUUCACAGGUCUUUGAGCUUCUUGUGGUGUUUGAUGCGAUCCAGUUCAACCAGUUCUGGGCUAGAGAAUGGGCUUUCACGGCAGCAGCUAAGACUCACCAUGAUGAAGGUGCGCCCGGAGCAGGCAGCGACAAGAAGAAUGGCAAUGAAAACCCAGAGAAGAAGGCGAACGGCGACGUGGACAAGGAUCAGCAAAAGAGUGGGGCAGCAAGUGGAUCAACCUCAGAGGCUUCAAGCACCUUGAGUCUUACAAGAGUCAACUCCUACAAGGAUGAUGAGCGAGUUGCCAACAAGAAGUUGUUGGAAUCCUCAAACCAAGCGCUUGAAAUGAACCUCACUGAUGAGACCAUGGAUUCGAUUUUUGUGAAGGUUCUUGAGCACAAACUCGAAGUGCUUCAUUGGCAAAUGCACCAAGUGUUGGCAGUUGGCUCAGAUCAGGUUCUCAUCAAUUUGGCCAACAAGAAGGACUUUGUGCGUGUGAAGCUGCCUGUGAAUCAUGGACGGUUGCAAAUGCCAUAUUCUGGGAAUGUCAGUGUCACAAAUUCCAGGGGAUCCUAUCUGUUUGCCAAUGUCUUCGGCUUGAACUUUUUUGUUCAGCCAAGAUCAGAUGGGCUCAACUCUGACAUUUUGGUACCUGCAUGGUCAGCCAAGCAGGUUGCCAAAUCCUCUGAUGCGAACUUUGAACAAACGAAUGUUGUGUCAAAGUUCAUGGCUUACAUUGAGCAUGGCCAGCAGCUCACGUCCAUUUCUUUCGUCCUGGUGCCUGACAAAGAUCGCCUCGCUUGUGUGGUACAGAAGGAGAAAGACAUCAAAGCAGCUGGUGGUUCUGUUUGUUGGGGUGAAGCCCACAUGAAGAUCCUCAAGCCCAUUGAUAAGUUGAUGGACAAGUUGCAGCAAGAUCUGGACAAGCAGAAAGAGAAGGCGGAGAAAACGGCGAAGCUGCUCGUUCAGUCUGCAUCUAAGAAGAGACAGGCAGUUGAGAACAAGGAGAACAAAAAGAAACGAAAGCAAGCGCAGCAAAGUGAGGAUCCAUUGGCACAAGUCAAGCUGGACAAAGAAAAUGCAGAGGCAGAGCUGAAGAAGCUUCAGCACAGUGCGGAGGAGGACAAAAAUAUCCAAGAAGCGCUUGACAAAGCUCUUGCUUCUUGCAAGAUGCCUGAGACAAUCCCAAUCAACGUUUGUGUUGCCUCAGCCAAUGUACCAGUUGACAAAAGUGCCAGGUCUGAGGCUAUGAUGGCUGCGCUCCAGAAAGCAAAAGACAAGUUGGCCACUGCCAACACUACCUCUGGAAAGGAGGAAGGUGCAAUGGAGGAGUCAGCUUCUUCUUUAAAAGUUGGUUUGCAG